CUGAAAGCAGGCCUGCUUCUGACAGAGCUGAUCAGACCAUGUGUUAUGUGCUUUUUUUGUAGUCAAGAAGGAUAAUGAUGAUAAUCUCUCUCCCUCUCUUUCCUCAUGUCAAGUUUGAUAGAGGGCGGUGAGGAGCCAGAUCUGCGCCUUACUCAGAUGGAGCUGCACAGGGACCGCUCGGCCGACGGAGCUGCGCGUAAACGGAGACGCACUUCAGAAACACUAAAGGGAAUGUGGCAGAAAUCGGGCAAACCACCAAGUUCAUUUUAUGACUAACAUUGGGAUCCAAGGGUAGUCGUCAUCGGUUUUUUUUCCUUUUUACUCGAUAGCGGGAGUAGACUUUUGCAGGCAGUAAACGCAAACUUUAGUCAGUAGUAAACACAUUUGCGCUGUACAAUGGUACUUGUUUUUUAAGCGUUGUAUAUUUGUAUCGUAGGGAGAAAUGCAUGUUUAUUGGUUAAAAUAAUUAGCAACAUGCACAAUAUUUCAGUGUUAUUAACCCUUAUUAGUAACGUUCAUGUUUAACCGGAUUUAAUUAACUCGAUUUAUUGGCGGGUAGAGAUUUGACAGGGGAAACUGGUAUUUCCGCUGCACAUAAAAUUGGUCACUAGGAUUCUAAAAUUACUUGUUUUAUUUUUACUCUUUACUAAGAAAUUAAGUUCGUAAUUUCCCCGAAAAAAACUGUACUGUUUAUUAUAGCCACUGUAAGUCGUGUGCAAGUAGUGCAUGAACGCUUCUAUGCUACAAGAAGAGCAGUCUUUUCAAUUGCAAGGCUUUUCGGCGUUAAGAGCACAUUGUGCCGUGGAUAGCUUCAGCGUGCAGCCACUGCCCCGUGUUUUGCACGGAUCACGGACCGGGAAAGGCUCCCCUUGGCUGCACGGGCGGGAUGGGAUCCUCAGCGAAACGCUGGACCCGGCUUCUCUGGAAACGGACCGUGGUCCUGCUGCUCUUUCUGCUGGUGGCUGACAGAUCUGCGGUUCGGGCAGAGCAAGAUGACAGCUUCAACGCAGAGUCCUGGCUGCGGCUCUACGGCUACCUUCCCCAGGCCAGCGGUCGCAUGUCCACCAUGCGCUCGGCGCAGAUACUGUCUUCCGCCAUCAGUGACAUGCAGCGGUUUUACGGUCUGCCAGUCACCGGAGUCCUGGACGAGGCCACACAGCAGGCCAUGAAGAGGCCUCGGUGCGGAGUCCCUGACAAAUUUGGGGGCCAGAUCAAAACCAAUGUUCGCCGGAAACGCUACGCAUUGACGGGUCACAGGUGGAACAAGGAGGAGCUGACGUUCAGCAUUCAGAACUACACACCAAAAGUGGGCCAGUACAACUCUUACGAGGCGGUCCGCAAGGCCUUCCGGGUGUGGGAGAACGCCACACCACUGCGCUUCCACGAGGUGCCCUUCCAUGAAGUCAAGUACAACCGACGCAAGGAGCCUGACAUCAUGGUGUUCUUCGCUUCUGGUUUCCAUGGUGACAGCUCACCCUUUGAUGGUGUGGGUGGCUUCUUGGCGCACGCCUACUUUCCUGGGCCUGGCAUGGGUGGGGACACGCACUUUGACUCAGAUGAACCCUGGACACUUGGCAAUCAAGAUCUCUCAGGGAAUGAUCUCUUCCUGGUGGCCGUACAUGAGCUUGGCCAUGCCCUAGGCCUGGAACAUUCAAACAAUCCCUCUGCCAUCAUGGCGCCCUUCUACCAGUGGAUGGACACCGAUGACUUCCAGCUGCCCGAGGACGACCAGCGUGGAAUCCAGCAGAUCUACGGUCCCCCAAACAAUAGCCCCACCAGACCUCUGCCUACCGUUACUCCCCGGCAGCCUGCUCAGCCAGACCCCCGACAGCCCGACCCCCCAAGGACACCCCAGGGCCCACCUCCCAGAGAGCCCGACAGCCCCCAAGGGACUGAUCGGCCGGACCACUAUGGCCCCAACAUCUGCGAGGGCAACUUCGACACCGUAGCCAUGCUGCGUGGAGAGAUGUUUGUCUUCAAGGGCCGGUGGUUCUGGAGGGUCCGACGGAAUCGGGUCCUGGACAAUUAUCCCAUGCCAAUUGGGCACUUCUGGAGGGGGCUGCCUGGGGACAUUGACGCCGCCUACGAGCGACAUGAUGGGAGGUUCGUCUUCUUCAAAGGAAGUAAGUACUGGCUGUUUCGGGAGGCACACCUGGAGCCUGGAUACCCCCAGGAGCUGGUGUACUAUGGGAGGGACAUCCCGUAUGACAAGAUUGAGACAGCCAUCUGGUGGGAACCCUCAGGUUUCACCUACUUCUUCAGGGGGGACCGGUACUGGCGCUUUAAUGAAGAAUCCCGGGCUGUGGACAGGGACUACCCCAAACCCAUCAGCGUCUGGGGGGAAAUCCCACCCUCUCCCCGGGGGGCCUUCCUGAGCGAAGACGGAGCUUACACCUACUUCUACAAAGGAACUAAGUACUGGAAAUUUGACAACCUCCGCAUGACAAGCGAGCCGGGAUAUCCCAAAUCUAUCCUGCGGGACUUCAUGGGAUGCCCAGUGGAUCCGGACCUGGACACGGAUAAAGACAAGGACACGGGGCGCAAGUGGCCCAAGGUCGACGAUAAGCCGUUCGACCCCAACGCGGGACGCGACGGCGACCGCACCAACGAGGUGGAUUACAAGGACGAGGGCACCAACGACAUCGACGUGGUAGUGAAGAUGGAUAAUGACGGGGCCAGCGUGAUGGACAUCGUCAUGGUUACGGUGCCGCUGGUGCUGGUACUGUGCAUUUUGGGAUUGAUCUACGCCAUAAUUAGCACGCUGCAGAGGAAGGGGCCGCCAAGGUUGCUGGUCUACUGCAAACGCUCCCUGCAGGACUGGGUGUGACUCCAGCACCCACCUCCAUCCCCGUGUCUCAGAUACACAUGCGCACACGCACUUAAUUUUUGAACACAGUGAUAUUCACACGCGUUGGUGCAAAUAAACCACUCCCUACACCUCCCAGUCCAAAUACUGUAGUCUAUUUAUACAAGUAAAAUUUGCACAUUUUUUUGAUUGGUUGGGUUCCUUUAUUUGUAUGUACGCAAGUUUUUUUUUUUUAAACCAGGAAAUCCCUCCCCCCCUCAGCACCCAGAAGCUUUCUCUGAGACAAAGAAGUGCUGUCCGGCAAAACAAUUACAGCUUGAAUUAAACUGAAAUGCUGGCCACUUAGAAUCGGCCAAAGGAAAGCUUUCUUCCUCUAAAAGGUUUUCUCCCCCCCCCCCACCCCAUCUGAGGUAGCAGAAACUGCUGUGGAUAUUCAGUGGGGGAACCAGUGGGUCAGAAACCAGUAGACCUGGAAAUUACUGGUACUGGAGGCCGGCAGGCCGAGCGGCGUGCAUCUCCUCACUCGAUGCCUUGUGGAAUCCUGCAGAACCGGCCCAGACGACGUGCAGAGUAGGCAGCUUUUUAAAGUCCCUUCCACUUCAGAAUAAUCAACCUUUGUGAAGUCGGGUAAGAUAAGAUUCAGAGUUUCCCGUUGAAGCACUAGCCUGGAGCAGGACUAGUCAAAGUCACCAUGAUUUAAUGCACAAUUGUGUAGCUGAGGCAGUACAGUUAAAUUUGCUGGUGUAACUGGUCUGUUAAAUGUUCAAAGGGGUCAUUGUUGCACUACCUUUUGUCUCUAAUGUCCAAUGUGCCUGUGAAGGAAAGGUACUUGGAAAUAACCUGUUUUCACCUUUUAGCACUUAAAGAUAGAUCGCCUAGAGCAGGGGUGGGCAGGCUUAUCCAGAAAGGGCCGUUGUGUUUCCGGCUUUUCACUGAUACUCCUUAAUUCAUUAUGGGUUUGAACCGCUGACCUAAAGGUUAUCCCAAAAACUUACAUACACACUGGGCCUUUGCAGGUAAGAUUGCCCACCUCUGGCCUAGAGACAGCCUGCUUACAUAACAGAGGGUUGCCACAGACCCGACACUUCACCGCAUUGCCCUGAAAUGUUUGAACACUUACCCAUGAGCUCGCAAAGCCUCAAUAACAAAAAUAAAAACGAAAGCGCACUCAUUACUAUAGGCUGUUUGCAUUGUAAUGUAAUAUUUGUCAUAGGAGAAUCAUGGAAUCAUGGAAAAAAAAUCUUCCCAGUGUUGGUUAGUGUUGUAAAAUGUUUAACGUGUGUCAGAAAUGGGAUCACAAUCCCAAUCCAGGAUGUCCGUGCUUUGCAGAGAGGCCAGGUAGGGGUAAGCUUUCAGACAAAACUAGUAAGGUUGGGCGGACACUGCUCUACCCAUAAUCCCAUUCAUGUUUGUGGAGCCAGGAGCAGAGCCAGUAGAUUUAUAAGGGUCCGCCGUGUUUCUGUGGUCUUUCAUAUCAUGAAAAUAUUUGUUUUAAAUGUACCUGUUCUACAUAAACUGUGAACUCCAGGAGCAGAAUUUGUGUCCUGCGUCUGUGCUCAAAAUCACUAGUUAGUGGGGGGUGGAGGGGGUGUCUAUAUGCAGCUGUCUCUCUUGGCACCGGGUACUCUUACCCCCCCGAAUCUGCUAAUGCCUACCCUGCUACUAAUCGCCACCUUAAAGGGAGGGGGGGAUACAUAUUUUGGUAGCUUGUCAUAAAUAGGCCGGGGGAGACAUCACAUGCCUGGGACAGCCAGACAGUAUCCAGUUUCCCCCCAGGGCAGGGCAGUCAGUCACAGGCUCUAGGACGAGGCUGUGAGGGCAUCUGUAGGCUGAUUUUAAUUCUUAUUGUAGCUGAUCUCUCUGUAGAAUUAUGAUAGAUGGGCAGGCUGGCUUCAGUCACCCAGGUCUGGCCAUACGGGCCCUGCCUUCUCUACUUUUAGAGUCUGGAAGCUCUUCUGCAGGCCUGGAGAGAGCCUCUCUACACUAAUCUGUAUGUUCCUAUGAAUCUCCUCCAGUGGAACCAAGGGUAUCAUUUUGGGUUGAACAUUGGUAGGGUUGAGGUGUCUACCCAUUUAAGGGGGUCCAGGGGGUUGUAUUGGCUGGUUUUGAUUACUGGGGGGUUACAAACCCCCCAUAAUUUAUACUCAUGAGUGGAAUGCUCUCCCCAGUCACCUUAAAUCUGGAUGUGGACUUCACUUUCCAGAUUAUCUUCUAGAAGCUGGAGAUUCAGGGUGAGGUGGUAGACCUCUUGAACUGGGGACGCUUCACCAUGGGUGAUGUUCCCUAAAAAUCUUGAGCAGGGCUGCCCAACGCCGGUCCUCUUGGGCUGCACGGAUUUGCUCAACCUCAUCCGUUAAUCACUUUAAUAGACAUUUGGAUAGUAAAUUGUCUCACCUGGCGUUUCAGCUUUCAUUUAGGUGCUAAUUAAAAUGUAUUCUGUGAAACGUACAGGAUUCUGGUUGGUUGGGCACUUCUGGUCUUGUGAUAGAUUAGCUUUGUCUUGCUGCAGACUAUACUGUUCUUUUUAAUAUCAUUGGAAAUAGGAGAAUUUGUUUAUGUAAAUUGCUUUGUGUUAUUUUUAGAUUUAUCGGCCAUCUUUUUUCAGUUUAACUGAAAUCCAUUCAAUUGUAAAUAAUACUUAAUUUUUUAAUGGUGUGUUUGUCUUAUUUGAAUUUGUGAAUAACAUUCCUUAUGCAGAAAUACUGAAGAUGUCGAAGUUUAUGUUGUUCACUUCUUGUCAGAUGUAAUAAUUCAUGCUGGACAUGUGUAUUUCUUACACAAUAAAAAGUGACUGCUAAACCAGC